UGAUUACAGCAAGAAAAACGUGUUACUAUUGUUUUAGGACAGACUUGGAAAAAUUGUGAACCUGUCCUUUAAGAGACCCACUUGAGCUCCCUCGCUGUCAUGACUCAAUUGUGUAUAAAUUUGACGUUACAUUGACCUAUUACACAAGACAUGACUGGCUGUGAUAUCACCAUUGUGUGAUGUGAAUGAUGAGCAUGUGAAACCACAACAUAUGUCAUGAACUGGUAAAAGGGAAGUUUGGGUUAUUUUUUUUCACUUGAAGUUUACAACAAGCGGCCUCAAAGUGCGUCGACCAUACAAACAUAAGAGGUACUGAAUCUCAUAAUGUGAAUCCAGUGUCAAUUACGAUAUUAUUCACCCAUCUGAUAUGGAGACAUCAAAUCUGUUAAGCUUUUAAUGGCAUUGAUAUUUUAGCUUUUAAAUGAUUUUAAGUUAUGAAGGAGAAGGAGAUAUUCUGGGGGACAAAAGUGGGUUCCGUGCUUGAAUCACUCGCCAUGUGAAGAACAAAAAGAGGAACCAAUUUGGGCACAAACAGUGUAGCCCACGAGUUCUCAAACCCACUCAUAACCACAGCUUGAUUAUUCAUCUAAUGUAGACAUGAGGCGUGUACAUUGCAGAGCUGUAUGUUGGACGCUGUAUAAUAACCCGCAGACAAAACAAACCGAGGAUGUCCGAGUGCGCUUUUACGCGUGAAGUCGUCAGUGCAUCCAAAGGGUCUCUGAUGGCUCAGAGAAGCUUUAAUGUUGGAGCAUUAAAGUAUUUAACUGAAAGCUAAACCGGUUCAGCUGACCAGCGCGGGGACCCAGCUUGGCAUAAUCCAUUACUUUGCGUUUAUUAUAUGAUUUAAUUGGGGAGAUUUUUUUGGAGAUGCUCAGACCAAGGUUGAACUGUGUUUUUGCUCAACGUCUGUUAGUGUAACUAUUUGCAUUAUGUAUUUGUAAAUAAUGAAAACGACAGAUCUCUAAUUGUGAAUAAAGGAAGUUUUAUCACAGGAGUCAAAUCAAUCAUGGAGCAGUCUGUGCCUGCGGAUCGGUCUUUACCAGUCCACAGGCGGGUUUGUUACGCAGCGGGACACUUUCUGAACGACCUGUGCGCCUCUAUGUGGUUCACAUAUCUGCUGGUGUACCUCCACUCCGUGCUUGGCUUCCAGAGCACCUCUGCAGGUGUGAUGCUGCUCAUCGGGCAAAUAGCAGAUGGAGUCUGCACGCCGCUGGUUGGAUAUGAAUCCGACAGGACGCCUGGCAGCAGGAGACACGGCAAGAGAAAGACAUGGCAUUUAUUGGGAACCAUCUGUGUUCUCCUGUCUUUCCCCUUCAUUUUUAACCCCUGCCUGCCCUGCACCGACAACACCGCUCGGUGGGCCCAGAUCGUUUACUUCUCCCCCUUCAUCAUCAUCUUCCAGUUCGGCUGGGCGGCCACUCAGAUCUCCCACCUCUCCCUCAUCCCAGAGCUGGUGUCCAGCGAGAGCGCCAAGGUGGAGCUCACUGCGUACAGGUACGCGUUCACUGUCGUGGCCAAUAUCACUGUGUACGCUGUGGCCUGGCUGCUCUUUCACUUCCAGGCGCAGCACAAUGUGGACCCAUCCGUCUCAGACAGCCUGGGCCCGGCAGACAUCCCUCUGUUCAGGACGCUGUCCCUGAUCAUGCUGGGCAUCGGGGCGUUGUUCUCCCUCAUAUUCCAUGUCGGCACAAAAGAGGCUACAUCAGGCUCAGAGAGAGAGACUCAGCUGCUCACGCCAUCCUCCUCGCACGAGGUUUUGCCUCCUCCUGUGUUCAAGUGGAAGCACUGGCUGAAGGAGCCGUCCUUCUACCAGGUGGCUUUCCUGUACAUGUGCACAAGACUAAUCGUCAACUUGUCCCAGACUUACAUCUCAGUUUAUCUCACCAACUCACUGAUGUUACCAAAGAACUUCAUCGCCACCAUACCGCUGGUGAUGUAUGUCAGCGGCUUCGUGUGCUCUCUGGCCAUGAAGCCGGUCAGCAAGAUCAUAGGCAUCAGUAUGAUGUAUUUAGUCGGGCUGCUGUUGGUGCUUUGCUUCGCUAUCUGGGUGUUUGUGGACAAGAAAAUGGGAGCUGAGAGCAUCUACGGCGCGGCGGUGCUGCUGGGAGCCGGUUCAGCUACCAUCCUGGUCAUGUCUCUGUCCAUGACCGCCACGCUCAUCGGGGAGCAGACGCAAAAUGGAGCCUUUGUUUAUGGGUCGAUGAGCCUCACAGACAAGGUGGCUAAUGGCGUCGGGGUCAUCCUCAUCCAGAGCAUCAGACCAUGCAGCACAGAGUCUUGCUGCCCAGCGUGCGUUUGGUUUUAUCGUGACGUCAUGGCGGCAGUAACUGGGGGCGUGGCCUUGCCUGCAGUAAUUUGCCUGUUUUCAAUUAUCAUCCAGCCAAUCAAGAUACAGAAAAAUUAGGAAUCCAGUUCUUCCUUGAAAUAACACUUCUUGACUUUCAUUGUUUGGAACCUGCACACAGAAAACAAGCUCACAUAUCAGGGACUUAAUAGGUUACUUUUUUUUUUUAUUAAAGUGUGUUUAGGUGCCUUUUUUCUGUGUAAACCAACUGUCAAUAUUUCAGUUAGAUGCAGAGUCCAAUCAUAUCUCUGCAAAGUUCACGCUAUACUUUCUAAUCUUUGAAAAGACAGAAUUUACCUUGAUUGAUUCAGGACUUUUUCCUAGGAGUGCUUUUGUUCUUGCACAAGACAAAUGAUACAGAAGAUAAAACCAUGCCACCAUCUAGUGUAUGAAUAUGUAACUACACUGGCUUUCCUGGAGGGGUUUUGUAGGCUUUUAAUGCUGAGAAUUAAAAGAAAAGCUUCACAUCA